GACCAAAUACUUUGGUGUGGUGCUAAAACCAAGAACUUGCCAUUUUCUCCCCAAAAUCACUCACCCGCUGGCGGCUGGACUGCUGCAAAUUCCUAAGGGCAUCAUUUACAAGCCUCCGGUGAUAUCAUUUCCCGGCAGCUUCAGGAAACCCUAAUAAUGGCUUCCCCUAUACCGCCACCAAGCUCCGCCGCUUCCGGCGGAUUCCAAAACCCUAACAAGUCAUUAAGCUUCUUUGCAAACGCAAUGAAGAGAAAAGACAGUUUCAUACAGUUCUUCGCUAUGACUGGAAUCCUUCUAUUGAGCGUUCGAUCACUCGGGCAAAAGUAUCGGAUACAUGAUCUCAUGGAGGAUAAUGCUGCGCUGGAGGAAGAACAACAAGGACUAGUUCAGCGAAUGCAUCAUAUCAGGCAAAGCUUGCUUGCUGAAGCUGCUCUUGACCCCACUGGCCGCUUGGCUUCACGCCUUCGCCGCCUUUUCGGUGAAGACGGUUGAAGAUUUUGAGUCUUGUUCUAUGCUAAUUGGUGGACUUGAUUCAAAUUUGUUGUGAUGUAAGAAGCUCAGUCUCUCUCUAUCUCUCUUACUGGGAUAAAUAUGUAGAAGUGUUGUACUGCCUGCCAGCAUUUCAUUUCGAAUUGAAUGUCUUUCAAAUAAACUUUUUUCCCCUUAAUAAUAGAAGUCUGAUCGAAUCAUUUCACGGACAUCCUGCUUGUUGUUUAUAUCCAAUUGUUCUUUUUCUUUUCCAAAUUUCUUAUACUUACUUUUCCAGUUUCUUAAUGCCUCCCAUCUCUAUUUGUACUCCUCCAUUUAUGUGACAGGAUUGUGUACUAGUAUCAGUGUUAGCAUUGUCAUAAUAUGAAGAUUCCACACAUUUUGGAACAUCAACAACAACAACAAACCUAGUAUAAUCCCAUAAGUCGGUGGGGAGGGUAGGAGUCCGGAACCAAAAAUGCGCUAUACCUGAAUCUAAAAAGACAGAUAGGUAUAGCGCUUCUAAUAUAUGCGCUAUACCUAUUUCAAUAUUAAUAACUUACAACUUGUUUACACUUCCAACGUCUGCGACCUAGAUUACACAUCCAACAUGAUCCAAACCACCAAAAUUGGGCAUAUUCCAACUGUUGGUUGGUUCAUAACUUGUAAAAUUCAUAUCUGGCCGGUAUCCCCUUUGGAAGAUAUGAGUGUUAGUACAAAUAUGAUACAUAAAAAAAAAUCAUACUACAACAAGGAAAAUUGAAAUAUACCACUAGGUGUGUGAAUUAUGUAAACUUGGGGAGAAAUUAUGUCCUCGCUCCUCAUUCACCCGUGGAGAUAAGUUUAGAUCUGGCCAGACUCUUUCAAAGGUAACCUGUUCGGAUAAAACUGCUUCAAAAACACCACCAGAUGAUUGAGCGUUAUCCCUAUUUUUCGGAACCUCAAUAUUGUGGGCGUCUUCAGACUUGACAUAUAUUUCCAGCAUUUUUAUUACAAGAAGUUCCCGGUGUUCAUCCGGAGUCCUCAAAAAGUCUUUUAGAGUUUCAUCGUCUUCGAUGUUAAACUCAGCAUAACAAGCAACCCCUUGUGGAGUUAGCGAAUAUGAAUAUCUUCCGGUUACUUUAAUAUUAACCGAAUAUUUACUCACACUCAUUCUUUUACAAAUCAAAGAUACCAAUCUAUUGUACUCCAAUGUGAGUGGCAACUUAACAAUACACUGUGGAGAACAACUAUAAUGUACUGAGUUAUUCUCCCCGACAACCUCCCCCACAGUAUAAUGCAACUCUAAUUUUUUGCUCUUUAGACAUUAUGGCAUAAUGCAGAAAAAAUUAAGUAAACAAAUAUUUCGGAAUGAGUAAGCAAAAUACAAAAUAUUUCGGAUGCUGAAGAAUGAAAUUUCGGAAUGAAUUUUUGAAAAAGGAAUGCAUGUCCUUAAGUAAGCAAAUAUUCUGUGCGAGGGGUACAAUAAUUGGUGGGUAUAGCGCAUAAAUUACAAGCGCUAUACCCACCAAUUAUUGUGAGCAAUUAUUGUGGGUCAGUCAAUUAACAGGUAUAACGCAUGUAGUUCAUGCUCUAUACCUUAACGGACAAACGUGCCGUUAAGGUAUAGCGCAUGUAUUUCAUGCGCUAUAUAUAAAAAGGUCACUAGUUGUUUUUUUCACCUAUUUUGGUGCUUUGAGUCCUAAAAGACAUCAUUCUGGUUCUGGACUCGGAGGGUAGUCUCUAAAUUCUGUUCCUGAUAAUUGAACACCAUUAUAAGUACAUUUAAUAUGCAUUUCUCUAUUCCAUUCCUGCAAAUCUUCAGACCAUUCAGGAAGUUGCAGACCUUACCUCUACCUUAUGAAGGUAGAGAGGUUGUUUCCGAUAGACCCUCAGCUCAAGGAGCAGUGAUUUUGGAACAUCAUACAAAGGAAAUCAUAUUAUUACCUGCAUCCUACGAAUAUGUGGCAUAUUUCCAUUUUUAGAAUGUUCGAAAACAUUUCUGCUGUGGAACUUGCAUAAGUUCUAAGGAAUCAAUCUUAUUUAACACUUCAUAGUUCUGAUAAAAAAGCUUGCAUAACAACCUAUAGUUGUUAUGAAGUUGCAAGUCUCGCAAAGGACAUUAUGAACAUUCUGUUUCUUUUGUCAAUGAACUAAACUUUUAGGGGUUUAAAUCUGAAUAGGGAGAAUCCAGAUAAUAUUCUUUGCUGAAUCUUGAAAAGUAGCUACAGCUGACUGAGCUAAAAUAUUUGGUUCUCCAAGUGAUGUUUUAUAUAAUGAUAUGAUAGAUCUCUAUGUUGAUAUGUGGAUAACAAUUCAACUUUGGAUUUCUUUAAUUUUACAAGUUUGUUUUACUCCGUGGAGGCUGAGCGGGAUCGGUAAAUAAACUGUAAAAGAGCUGGCCGUAUAAUUAUGCUUCUGUCACAAUUAAAAGCUUAAAUUUUCCAGAUUUGUCUUUCUUAUUUGAAUUUUGUAAUUUUUUGAAUGCCUUGAUACUUCUUUUUUGGUCUGAUUGAAAAAGGAAACCAAGGAAACAAAUCUUCAAUGGAUAUAUAGGAGGCAACUUUGUUUGAUGUAAGGUUAAGUGAAGUCCGAGAGAUUGCAUCAGUUUAGAUUAUUAUCUACAACUCAGGAAUAUGAAGUUUGAACUUUGAACUUAUUAAUAAUUGUGUAGCAUGCCAUGUAAAUGUGUACAGGGUCUGUAGCUCCACAUUCAGUGUUCCUUAAUUAGUCCUUCCAGGCUUUGCUCUAAAGUCAGCUUUUGAGGCUGUCGCGCUUUGACUCCAUUAAUUUUAGCCACUGUUUUUUUUUUCCUGUAAAUUAUAUUGCAUAUAUAAAGCCAAAAUUAUUUUUUAUAUAUACAUAGUAUGUUGUAUUCCUUUAAUUUCUUUGUGUAUUUUUUUUUUUUUAUAUUUUGAAUCCUUUAGUAAAAAUCUUAUGCCGCCACUACUAUGGUUAUAGCUUGAAGAGCAUUAACGUUAUAUUUUCU